CUCACAACGCAUACAGCGCAUUUCCGCCUCAUCGACAUAUCGACAAUUAACCAUUGGCCUCCGUAUCUUAAUAUGUCUCUGCAGCGGCCGAUGAUAUAGCUCUAAGUAUAAAUACAAGGAAAGGGCCCACAACUAUGCUCAUCGAAGAGCAUUCGCUAUAUAGCGGCACAAACAAACAUGCAUCGUUUCGUGUUUUUUAUUACAUUGUUGAAAAUCUUUGCCUUUGUUGAGUCUAAUGAUUGCUCAAUUCCCCCUUUGGUUCUGAGGAUAGACAACAACACGCUUUCUGGGGAUGGGAUAGCGUUGAAUCGAGUUAUUGCUGCCAAUUUUAGAAACCAGAUUGAGGGCUUGCGCCUGGAUUUCACUCGCAAUAACACCAGCAUUCGUAACUCUCUCGAUUGCACGUCAAGUAGCCAGUCAACACAAUCACAGUGCAUAGGGGCUUCAGGAGGUGUUUUCGAUCCUACAAACGGUACAAGUUUCGAAGCUGCAACCAGCGAAUCUUGGAGUGUUACAAGCAUCGAUCCGGCUCCCGACGAUGCCUACGUGAAGUACGGAUACGGCGUCGUUACAUUUGGGUCCGACAACACUGUAUCAAAAUUUCCCGUUCGAAGUAUGGAGCGACACGACGAGUUCGAACAGGAGCAGUCUCGGCCUGGGGAAGAGUUCAUCCGUACUGUCUUCCCUCUUGGAGUCCGGCAAGAUACCAUCUCCAGAGUUCGGCGUCUAUUAUGGCAGCAGAAGCAUGGACUACCCUAUAGACGUAUGGCGACUUCAUACCUGGACCAGCCUUGCCCUCUUCAAGUCUUUCUGAAGGAUGUUCGCGUUACCACUUCGGAUGGAAAGAGCAACUCGCUCAUGACUGAUGGAGAAGCAAUAGUCCCAGCAUGUAUCAACCCCGUCGAAAACGGAUUUCAAUUCUCGCCCGCCAUGUACCAAGUCUGGGCCAACGUGACUCAACAUCCUUCGAAUCCGCCGAGCGACGGGUCGCACAAUUAUAUUUCGCAGACAUACCCAUUUUCGAACGAGCCGCUCAUGAAUGAACUGAUCAUGGAACUCGAGGGCGGGUACCAAGUAACAAUUCCACACUACGAGCUCAUUAGCUUGGAACGUGGAAAUGACGCUCAGGCAAAUGCGAUCACGACCGCACAAUCUACUUCGACAAUUGUAUCAACCUGCCAAGCCUCGAGCGCAUCAGCUUCUUCAACACAGAAGCUCAGCACAGGGAAUAUCAUUGGAAUAGCUAUUGGUUCUUUUGCUGUUGGAGUUGUCACCGGAGUAGCAUGCAGCUACUUCUGGCGCCUGAGUCGUGAGAAAGGACCGAACCAAGCAAACCCCCUUGGAAGUGCAAGCGGAGAGGCAGAUAACGAGCCCGAUUCCGAGGAGAGAGCUCGAUCAGCAGCAGCAGCCACACCAGCACCAUCAGCAGCACCACCACCAGCAGCUGUACCUCGUCAACCUUCCCCCCUGGUCGACAGAUUGCCAGGAGUUGUAACUUUGAAGUGA